AUGUACGAGAAACUGUACAUAAAAGAAGAGCUCGUAAUUAUGCCUUUAGGAAAAAAAAUACUAAAAGAAGAAGCUUUACCAACGAUCCAGCAUAAGUUUAUUCCGGUAUUUGAACAUGAGUUUUUAACAAGUACUGUAGAUGAACUAAAAAUACCAAGCUUACAUUCGAAUAACAAUGGAGACGAAGAGCUAUUUCUAGUGCAAGAAAAUAACAUCGAGCCCCAGACAAUAUUAGUAAAUGAUGUUCCUGAUAAUCUAAUAGAUGAUGGUGUUCAAAGGGAGCAAGACUUGAUAGAACCACCUUUCAGUCAACACGCCUGUAAGGAUUCGAAGAAUCUACAACAAAUCGAAGCUCCAAAAUUGCCACCGUUUUGGUUGUAUAUACCCGAGCCCAAUGGAUUUGUAUUUAUGCGAAUGGAUCCAACAACUCAGCAGAUCAAAAUUCGGUUACGCUUAAACAAGGAUACAUCUAUUACUGUUCUUUUUCCUAACAAUGACGAACUGCCUCUAAACGAAAAUAUUUAUAUUUGGCGCUUCUUUUAA